AUGGCAGGCGAUGCGAUCGUUCCGGGCAAACCGGAUGAAAGUCUCAUCAUUGAACUCAUCUCUGGCGACGAACCGGCGAUGCCACAGAACCAAGAACCACUUUCCGAUGAAGAGGUCAAACUCUUCCGGCGUUGGAUUCUUGAGGGCGCGCUCGAUGAUACACCCGCCGAAGUUGAUGAUAUGGGUGAGGAAAACUAUCCUACUUACGUAGUGCCUCCGCUGGUUACGGCUCUGGCAUAUUCACCCGAUGGCAGCACGCUUGCAGUCUCUGGCUUCCGCGAAAUUUUAUUAUAUGACACAACGAAUUUUGAACUCAAAGCACGGUUGGUAGGCAAAGCGCACCGGAUAGAAUCACUGAUGUACACAGCAGAUGGCAAAAUAUUAGGCAUGGCAGGCGGGUCCCCCGCACAAUUUGGUGAAGUCCAACUCUGGGAUACCGCAACGAAUACACUCAUCAAAGCGAUGCGCUCGAGUUAUGAUACAAUUUACGGACUCUCUUUCUCACCAGAUGCAAGUCGUGUCGCUUUUGGAUGCUCCGAUAAAACAGUACGUGUGUUGUCCGUUGAGGAUGAAAAAGAACUGAUUAAGUUUGAUAACCACAGCGAUUGGGUUUUCGGUACAAUCUUUUCUGUUGAUGGCUCGCACUUUGUGAGUUGUGGACGUGAUACUGCUCUCAAAUUGGUAGAGGUAAACACAGGUUCUUUUGUUGAUGAUGUCAACUCCAGCAACAAAGGCUAUGGCGAAAUCAACACCAUCGCACGGCACCCGACUGCAGACCAGGUUUUAAGUGGCGGUGAAGACCGAAUACCGCGACUCUACAAAAUUUUCCGCGAAAUACGGAGAGAUGUCGGCAAUACCGAUUUUAACCUCAUCCAAGCUUAUGAAGCGCAAUCGGGUUCGAUCGAGGGGGUCGCGUUUACAGCAGACGGCACCCAGUUUGCUAUUGGAUGCUCCGGUGGUGAAGCGCGUAUCUACAACGUAGCAGAUGGGAAGCGGGUAGCAUCCAUGCAAAGCGAUGCAGUCGGUGUUUUCGCUGUCUCAUUCCAUCCUGAUGGCACACAACUCGCUACAGGCGGUUUCGACGGAAAGGUUCGGAUAUUCGACACCGCUUCCGGGAAACUACUCAACGCCUUUAUGUCAGUGCCGAUUGAGCCUGCCGGAAGUGAGGAUGUCACAUUGGUCGUGUCAGAUCAGCAACGUUAUGACACAAUCGGUGCAUUGGGAAAUCCGUACGUGUCAACGCCGAACAUUGAUAGCCUCGUAGGAGAUGGGGUCGCGUUUACACAUGCCUAUUGUCAGAGCCCUAUCUGUACACCGAGUCGGGCGAGCUUUCUCACAGGUAUGUAUCCGACCGCAACGCACGCAAAUCGCAACGGAAACGAUUUCUUUCCAGAGGCGUAUCCACUUGUGACGCGUACCCUUGCAGACAUCGGUUAUGAUUGUGGUCUGAUUGGUAAACUCCAUCUUGCGAGUGCUUACCGCCGAGUGGAACCGCGGGCAAACGACGGAUACCGCUAUUGGCAGUACAGUCAUGCACCGCGCGAUGACUGGGAACAGGGACAUGACUACGCCGAUUGGGUCCGCACGAAGGGUUACAUACUCGGCGAGUUGAAUCAGAAUCCAGAAGGCGUGCCAGCAGAGUUACAUCAGACGACAUGGUGUGCGGAAAAGACAAUCGAGUUCAUCCGUGAAGCACGCGAUUGCCCGUGGCUCGCGAGCGUCAAUAUCUACGAUCCGCACCCGCCGUUUAAUCCACCACAGACGCACCGAGAACAAUUUAAUCCGGCGGAAAUGCCAGAACCACUCUUCCGAAACAGUGACCUUGAACAGCAGACUCGGUUACAAGCAGUCGAUUUUCAAUCCAAAGUCCGUACACCAGAUGAAUUAGAUAUCCGUAGUCCGAUCUUGCCCCAGACACCUCAUAGAGAGACGGAUGCAAUCGGUGCAAGAGAUGCCAAAACGCUCAAAGCCGCCUAUUACGCGAUGAUCCAACUCAUUGAUGAACAACUGGGACGGAUUCUCGAAACGCUUGAGGAAACAGGACAACGCGAAAAUACCGUCAUCAUUUUCACGAGUGACCACGGUGAAACGCUCGGUGACCACGGGCUGAUUCAAAAAGGCUGCCGAUUUUACGAAGGUUUGGUCAGGGUGCCACUGAUUUUUUCAUGGCAAGGGCAGUUUGUGAACGGUCUCAAAAGCGAUGCACUCGUUGAGCUCGUUGACAAAGCACCGACACUUUUGGAAUUGGCAGGCUUAACACCGCCUGACGGAAUGCAUGGGCGAUCGCUACUGCCUAUCCUCCGCGGUGAGGCGGAUACAAACCAUCACCGGGACUUUGUUCGGUGUGAAUAUUAUGACGCUGUUGAUCUCCGAGACCACUCUUUCGCAACAAUGUACCGAAAUGAACGUUACAAAUUGGUAGUCUAUCACGGGCACGCGGAGGGAGAACUCUACGACUUAAUCGAGGAUCCCGACGAGUUUGACAAUCUCUGGCAUACACCCGCGAAACAAGACAUCAAACUGGAUCUGUUAAAACAGAGUUUUGAUGCCUCUAUGUUCGCUAUGGACAUAGGCCCACGGCGUGUGGGACCGAUGUAA